AUGGAGGGACUGGUCCUGCUCAACGCCCUGGCCACCCGGCUCCUCUUCGUGCUGCACUCGCUGGUUGGAGUCUGGCGAGUGACCGCGGUGAAGAAGGAGCCGUGGUACUGGCUGCUGGCGCUGCUCAAUCUCUUGCUGUUUCUGGAAACGGCGCUGACCCUCAAAUUCAAGCGCGGCAGAGGCUACAAAUGGUUUUCACCAGCCAUAUUUUUAUAUCUGAUUAGCAUUGUUCCAUCAUUAUGGCUUCUUGAAAUGCACCAUGAAACCCAGUAUUGCAGUAGCCAAUCUGGAGGAUUGUCACAGAAUACCAGCAGAAAAGAAGACUUCAAUCAAACUCUGUUGUCAGCUGAACGAACCAACAGAGCAGAUGAUCUCAUUGAGACGGCCAAAGUUUUUGUAAAUAACUUAUCUACAGUAUGUGAGAAAGUCUGGACUUUGGGACUCCAUCAGACAUUCCUUCUAAUGCUAAUAAUUGGAAGAUGGCUUCUCCCCAUUGGAAGUGGGAUCACUCGGGAUCAACUCUCUCAACUUCUCCUUAUGUUUGUGGGGACAGCUGCUGACAUAUUGGAAUUCACAAGUGAGACCCUGGAAGAAGAAAAUGUGAGGAAUAGUCCUGCCCUGGUCUAUUCCAUCCUUGUUAUAUGGACCUGGAGCAUGCUACAAUUUCCACUUGACCUGGCAGUACAGAAUGUCGUGUGCCCCGUGUCCAUGACAACGAGGGGGUUCUCCAGCCGAUUCUUCUGCCAAUACAGCGCCGACCUGUGGAACAUCGGAAUCAGCAUCUUCAUACAAGAUGGUCCCUUCCUUGUUGUGCGGCUCAUACUCAUGACCUAUUUCGAAGUGAUCAACCAGAUGCUGGUGUUCUUUGCUGCCAAGAAUUUCCUGGUGGUGGUGCUACAGUUCUACCGCCUGGUGGUGUUGGCCUUGGAAGUACGCGCUUCCUUGCGAAGUCGGCCAGAACGCCUGAAAGGAGAGUACGGAUGCCCGGAUGUACCUGCUGCGAGUGGGGUCUCACGUGGGGCCUGGCCAGGCAGUUCCAUGGAGGCCUUGGCUAUUCCGUUACAGGCCUUGCGGGUCACCUCCGACGACUCCCACCCCAUAUCGUAG